CCUUCUUAAUAAAACUUCACCCCCUUGACAUGCAAAUAAACUGAAACAAAGAUAUAAUCCCAUCAAAUAGAUCUCAUCAAAAGAUGCUUCCACCUAAUUCAUCCCUUCCUUUAAUCACCUUCAUAUUCUGGUCAUGGUGGACGCUUAACGGCGUCGUUUCCGACCGCCAGAUCAAUCUUCUAAGCCAAGGCUGCACCCCUUCCAACUACUUUUUCGUCUUGUCCAACUUCUCCAUCUUCAGCGACAACGUCAACAAAACGUUUCGCGAGAUCAGAGAGCAGCUCGUCAAUAAUCAAAACAAGCACUUCGUGACGGCGAUGCGAGUCAACGCAGAAAACCCAGUUUUCAGUCUUUUUCAAUGCAGAAACUACCUCUCCAUUCAUGACUGUGUUGCCUGCUUCGACGCCGCCGCCAAACAGAUCCGCGACUGCCGUGCCGGAGCACAUGGUGGCCGUGUCAUCUACGACGGCUGCUUCCUCAGGUACGAGACCAAUGCUUUCUUUGACGAGACAACAGAGAAUUUCAAUGCCGUGUCGUGUGGUAAUCAAUCUACAAGAGAAUCCACAGAAUUUACCUCACUUGUGCAGCAAGUUCUAAUGAAUCUGCAAACGACAACACCAAAAAAACAAGGGUUUUUUGCAGCCACAAAAGCACAAUUGCCUGAGAAUGGUUCAACUAUUUAUGCUUUUGCUCAAUGUACUGAAACUAUCACACAGGAUGGGUGCCUCAAUUGCUUGAACACUGGGUACAACAAUAUGCUUGCUUGUUUUCCCAAUUCUGAUGGUAAGGCUUAUGCUGCUGGGUGCUUCAUGAGAUACUCCAACACUUCAUUCUUCCCUGAUAAUUACCAGACCAUUGAUGUCACUCCCUUAAUAGACAAGCAAGGUUCAAGCAAGAAAGUGGACAUUAUUGGUGGAGUAGUUGGAAGUGUAGCUUGUUUUUUAAUCCUCUUUGUAUUAUUUGCCUGGAGGAUUAGACGACCAAACACUCCUAAGAAAGUUCCCAGAGGAGAGAUAGUUGGAGCAAACAAGUUAGGCGGCCUAGUUACUUACACUUACAGGGAUUUGAAGUUUGCAACCAAUGAUUUUGAUGAAAAAAAUAAACUUGGACAAGGAGGGUUUGGUGUUGUAUACAAGGGCACUCUUAAAAAUGGGAAAGUAGUUGCAAUCAAGAAAUUAACUUUUCACCAAUUCACAAAGAUGGAGGAAGAUUUUGAAAGUGAAGUGAAGCUGAUAAGUAAUGUUCAUCAUCUAAAUCUUGUUCGACUUUUAGGAUGUUGUAAUGAAGGGCAGAACAAACUUCUUGUUUAUGAAUACAUGAAAAACAACAGUCUUGACAAAUUCUUAUUUGGAAUGGCAAGAGGUUUGGCUUAUCUACAUGAGGAGCUUCAUGUUCGUAUCAUACAUAGAGAUAUAAAGACUCAUAACAUCCUCUUAGAUGAUGAUCUACAACCUAGAAUUGCUGAUUUUGGGUUGGCAAGGCUUUUGCCUAAGAACAAAUCUCAUCUUAGCACAAAAUUUACAGGAACAUUGGGAUAUACAGCACCUGAGUACAUAAUUUAUGGUCAAUUAUCAGAGAAGGCUGAUAUCUAUAGUUAUGGUGUUGUAGUCUUGGAAAUCAUCAGUGGUCAACGAAGCAAGGAAUUAACCAUCAAAGAUGAUGUUGAGGGUGAAUUCCUCCUCCAAAAAGCUUGGAAAUUAUACGAGAGAGGCAUGCACCUAGAGUUGGUGGAUAAUACCUUGGACCCUAAUGAGUAUGACACAGAAGAAGUGAAGAAAAUCAUAGAGAUUGGUUUGCUUUGCACUCAAGCAUCUACUGAAAGAAGACCAAUGAUGUCUGAAGUAGUUGCUUUGCUCAAUUACAAGGAUUUUUUAGAGAAUAUGAAGCCCACUAUGCCUAUCUUGAUUGAAACUAAUUAAAGGUAUAUGGGAAUAUAAUACACUUCUACUUAUGAUGCUUCUACAUCCAAUGCUACUGCCUAGAUUGUUCAAUGAUGUCACCAGCUGAGGGUCGAUUCAAAUAAGGAAGGUGGAAGUGGACAACUAGAAGUAUGAGGAUUAUUUUAAGAAUAAAAGGGGUGGUGAUGGAUGGCAAUAACUAUUCAUAGCCCCACCCCUGUGAAUCCUUGUUAACAUUAUUUGAUAAUCAUCAUCAUCAUUCCCGGUGUCGAAUGUCUACCAAACACAUGCUUUUAUAGUUACGAGAUAUAAAUUAUCAUUAAUUAUCCUAAUAGAGCUGCAAUGGGAUAUUGAAUCAAACGAGU